UAUCAUAAGAAAGUAAAACCAUGUAUUUUCUCUCUCCUCCAUCUCUCUAUAUAAUUAAAUUUCAAGGACAUGUAAUCCUUUUCUCCUUGAUAAUUUUUGAAGAAAUGGAAAGUGGAAAGAUGGAGAAAGUGACACAAACCCCGCAAACCAACCCCAAACGUGAAGUAUGGGACUGCGAAAGCUCUCUUUACGACUCUUUUGAGCUCAAAUCUUUCAAAAGACAACUUGAUUCUGCAAUAUCCUCCAGGACCAUGUCAAUGCCCCACCUCUCCUCCUCCUCCUCCUCCCUCCGCCACCAAGUACCACCACCUUUCGACCACAAACCCACCUCCAAGAAACCCUUCAGACUCAGUCGCUCCCUCAACAAGCUCAUCCGAUCAGUUUUCCGGCCUAGACAUAACCACCAUACCUCAUCAAGAGAUGGAUCUUUUUACGUUUAUGAUACUUCUAGUGCUCUCCACACCAUACCAGAGGUGCCGGAGACCAUGCCGGAGUUUGAUCGGCUUUCACCCGACAUGAAGUUAUUGAUCACAAGAACAGGUUCUGAUCGGUUUAUGCCAACUUCUCUUGGUAUAUCAUGUGCUUGACAAUAACAAAGAUUUCAUUUUCAACAUGUUAUUAGGUAUAGUAAUUAGUUCUCUUUGUUUUUAAAAGGUUUAAUUAUAUGCUUUCAUGUGUAUAGGACCACGUAUUAUACUUUUAAUUAUAAGUUUACUUUUAAAUAUAUAGUAUGUAAUUACUAAUCAAAUUCUUGAAUAUAGUACGGAUGUAUGUUUUUUAAUGAAUGAAAAAAAUUAAAAUAAUUGUUGAUCAAGUCAAAUAA